GAAGAGGCAGUGGCUAAAGAAGGGGCUGGGGGAGGGGAGAUCGCUUGGGGGAGGGGAUUGGGAGAAAUGGGAGCCGGAGGGAAUAGUGGAAGAAUGGGGGCUGGGGAUGGGUCUUGAAGGUGGGGAGAGAGUCGAGCUUUGGGAUCGACUGUAAGGGAGCUCAGAGCUGGGAAAAGGCGUCCGGAGUUGCAGAAGGGACUGGGCGUCCAGGCAGAGGCCCUGAAGGGGGCAAUUUCGAGGGGGUUAGCUUGGUGGAAAGGCAUUGGAGUCAGUGUUAGAUGAAUGAGGGAGCCUGGAGGCUCCGAGGGAAAGGCCAGCUGUGAAUGCGGUGGCCUUUGGAGCCCCCUGCCGCUAUCCAGGUCCUGAGAUGUGGUGAACCCCUGCCUGUCUGCCACCGUUCCCCAGAAUGGACCGAGGUGGCCUCCUGCCCUUCCAGCUGUGGUGCCCCCGGCCCUUUGGCACCUAUUCCCAGAACCAGCCUCGCCCGCCUUCUGCAGCCCUCAAGCCCUCGGCCUGCCCUGAGCCAGGCAGUGGGGCGGAGCCAGACCAUGGCCCUGCCCACUCAGAGAACACACCCCCGGCCUUGGCCGCGGAGGCUCCUGCCUCCCAGCCUGCCCCACUCCUUGCAGCAGCAGCUGCUGGCGAUGAGGGUCGAGUCCUACUGGACACAUGGUAUGUUAUCAAGCCCGGGAAUACAAAGGAGAAGGUGGCUUUCUUUGUGGCCCACCAGUGUGGUGGGGGCAGCCGGGCCAGCUCCAUGAAGGUCAAGGGGCACUGGGGCAGUGACAGCUCCAAGGCCAAGCGGAGGAGGCGCUGUCUUGAGCCUACGAAGGCUCCGCCGGACCCAGGGGGACAGGAUGGGCCCCCUGCUGCUGAGGGGGCCCCAGCCUCAGCCAGUGAGGAUGUGGACCUGCUCUCUGUGGCCGAGAUGGUGGCCCUGGUGGAACAGCGGGCUGCCCUGGCCCUGCAGAGCUACCCGCGCCCCAGCACCCCAGCUCCUGUGGUCUUUGUGUCAGCUGAGCAGGGUGGGCCUGCCAAGGGGCUGGGAUCCGAACGGCGGUCUGGUGGUGGGGACUGCAGUCGUGUUGCCGAGGCGGUGGCCCACUUCGAGGCCCAGCGGGACAACCCUCCAGCCAAGGGCCUCCGCAAAGAGGAGCGGCCUGGGCCAGGCCCCGGGGAGGUGCGCAUCGCCUUCCGGAUCUCGAAUGGCCGAGAGCCCCGUGCACCGGAUGGCAGCUUGCCCAAUGGGAGCGGGGGCCGGCCGGGUUGUGCCUACCCUGGCAGCCCAGGUCCUGGGGCCCGGGCCAAGGACAAGAUCACCUGCGACCUAUACCAGCUCAUCAGCCCCUCUCGGGAUGCCCUCCCUAGCAACGUGGAGUUCCUGCUGGCUAGGGCGGAUGAAGCUAGCGAGGGUGAGACCCCAGCCCCUGCCAGGCCCGAGGACACUCCCCCGGCCCCCCCUCCACCCCCUGCCCGGGACUGCGGAGCGUCAGGCUUCCACGUGGAUGUGGUGGUGACGGGAGUAGUGGACGAGUGCAUCUUCUUUGGCAAGGACGGCACCAAAAACGUGAAGGAGGAGACGGUGUGCCUGACCGUCAGCCCUGAGGAGCCACCCCCUCCCGGCCAGCUCUUCUUCCUCCAGUCCCGGGGACCAGACGGGCCCCCCGAGCCACCUCCAGCCGACUCGCCAGCCACCGCGCCUGGCCCGGACGAUGCUGAAGGGACCGCAGACACCUCCCUGUGCCGCCUGUACCGGCACGUGUCGCACGACUUCCUGGAGAUCCGCUUCAAGAUCCAGCGGUUGCUGGAGCCUCGACAGUACAUGCUGCUGCUGCCCGAGCACGUGCUGGUGAAGAUCUUCAGCUUCCUGCCCACGCGGGCCCUGGCAGCCCUCAAGUGCACCUGCCACCACUUCAAGGGCAUCAUUGAGGCGUUCGGCGUGCGGGCCACAGACUCGCGCUGGAGCCGCGACCCCCUCUACCGCGAUGACCCUUGCAAGCAGUGCCGCAAGAGAUACGAGAAGGGCGAUGUGUCGCUCUGCCGCUGGCACCCCAAGCCCUACCACCAUGACCUGCCUUACGGACGUUCCUACUGGAUGUGCUGCCGCCGAGCCGAUCGCGAGACGCCCGGCUGCCGCCUGGGUCUGCACGAUAACAACUGGGUGCUCCCCUGCAACGGGCCAGGCGGUGGCGGCGGCCGGGCUGGCCGGGAGGAGGGGAGGUGAAGCCGGGGGAGGGGGGGGGAAGAGCCCACCAUGCCCACCCCCACCCCCUCCCCCUGGGAGCCGAGGGUCAGGACUGGGUCACCAGCUCAUACCCCCAGCCCAGGCAGCGGUGAUCCCCCUCCCGAACUGAGAUGGGUACAGGGGGAUGACCUGAAGAAAGCACUCUGAUUGACCCCUACUGGUUUUCUACUCUUCAGACCCUCAAGUAGGGUGUUUUUUUAAUCAGCAUCUCAAUUUCUUCUCCAUUCAGCCCCAACGCCCUCCCUGCCACUCUCCAUACCCCAGGGACCCACCAGCAGGGAGCAGACGGCAGCUAAUUUUGGUACUACUUAAGGGUUCCCCCAUUCUGGCCCCCUUCUGUUGCCUCCCCCAAUUCUUUCUUUUUGGAGUUGUUUUUUUCCCAAGGGGCUGCAGCACCCAGGGUUGGUACCCUUCCUAACCUACUCCCCCAGGGCUCACCUCCUCUUUAGGCAUUGGGGGCCAUCAGAUCCCAGAUUCCAUUUGGCAGUUUUCAUGGCCGCCUGCCAUUUUUAGACGUUUUCCCCAUUAAAACAAUAAAAAUCAGUUUUCUCCUUAACCUCAAGCUACCAGUCUCUCUACUUCCCCUAAAGGGGAAGAGGCAAAAAAGAAGUUGAAGUGUAAAAAUUCUCCUCCUUCUAAUAUUUAAGCUGUUGCCAUGACUCUCCACCCCCCCCUCGCCCCACCUGCUCAAGAAAAAAAGCUGUGAAGCCCUUUGCCUCGCUCUAGACAGCAUGGGGGGGCUGGUGGGCAGGGACUAUGGGUUUGAAUUUCUGGGUUUUUCCUUCCACUCUGGGUACUCAUUCAGGUGUUGGGGUUUCUCCACCCCUCAGCCAGAUGUGUUUCUUUAGAAUCGUUUGGUCAACCAAGACCUUGACUUUCAGGCAGUUUGAUCUGGGGUAUUUUUGUUCCAUUUGAGGGGUUGGGUUUGUUUGUUUGUUUUUCCAUCCUUGUGGUUCUGGAAAGCUUCUAACGUGUGGCAUCUGACCAAUUUUGAAUUGGUCCUUUCUAUAAAAUCAAUAUUUAUAAGGCUGGGCCCAGACUAGUUUGUGUGUUGUUCAGGGAAGGGGUUUGGGGGAGAAGGGAGUCAUGGGCCAGUGCAUCGAUGAAAUGGGAAAAGUUGAGAGGGAAGAAUCCUUAGCCAAGUCCCGUAGCCCGAGAUUAUUUUUGACUCUUCAUCUGUGUCAGUUUGGAUUUGAAAAUCUCAAAUAAGU